AGCAAUACAGCACUCUUGGCACAGACUUUUCCAGCCAGAGGAGCAAGUUCCUGACCUUGUAAAUCAAGAGGCUUGGCCUCUAUCAUUCAAAAGGAAUGGAAGAGGCAUCAGUAGGGGCCCACCUGUUGUACUGUCAGAGUUGCAAGAGUGCUUGGGAAUCACAUUAGCAUUUUUGAGGACAUGAGUCUGCCUCAGACUCCUUAUAAAUACAGCCUGACUCAGCCACUCUUUGACUGACACCCUUGGGACAUGAAGUGGAUACUGUUCUUUGGGGCCCUUAUUGGGUCUGGCAUCUGUGGCCGAGAAAAGUUUUUUGGGGACCAAGUUUUCAGGAUUAACGUCAGAAAUGGAGAUGAGAUCAGCAAACUAAAUCAGCUUGUGAAUUCAGACAACUUUAAGCUCAACUUCUGGAAAUAUCCUUCUAUUGGUCGUCCUGUGGAUGUCCUGGUUCCUUCUGUCAAUCUGCAGCCAGUCAAAUCCUUUCUGAAGUCCCAGGGGUUAGAAUACUCGGUGACUAUUGAAGACCUGCAGGCCCUUUUAGAUAAUGAAGAUGAUGAAAUGCAACACAAUAAAGGUCAAGAACGGAGCAGUAAGAACUUCAUUGGGGCCUACCAUUCCCUGGAAGCUAUUUACCAUGAGAUGGAAAGCAUUGCCAGAGAUUUUCCUAACUUGGCGAGCCGGGUGAAGAUUGGGCAUUCAUUUGAAAACCGGUCCAUGUAUGUACUGAAGUUCAGCACUGGAGAAGGCAGGCCACGGCCGGCCAUUUGGCUGAAUGCAGGCAUCCAUUCCCGGGAGUGGAUCUCACAGGCCACAGCAAUGUGGACCUCGAGGAAGAUUGUAUCUGAUUAUGGGAAGGAUCCAGCCAUCACCUCCAUCUUGGAGAAAAGUAUUUUCUUGUUGCCUGUGGCCAAUCCUGAUGGAUAUGUAUACACACAAACUCAAGUGAAACCGAUUUGGAGGAAGACACGGUCUCUCAAUCCUGGAACCCACUGCAUUGGUACUGAUCCAAAUAGAAAUUGGAAUGUUAGUUUUGCAGGAGAAGGAGCCAGUAACAACCCUUGCUCUGAAGUAUACCAUGGAGCCCAUGCCAGUUCAGAAGUGGAGGUGAAAUCAGUGGUAGAUUUCAUCCAAGGACAUGGGAAUUUCAAAUCCUUCAUUGACCUGCACAGUUACUCACAGCUGCUGAUGUAUCCAUAUGGGUACACAGUCAAAAAGGCCCCAGAUGCUGAAGAGUUGGAUGAGGUGGCAAGGCGUGCAGCCAAAGCUCUGGCUUCCCUGUCGGGCACUGAGUACCAAGUGGGUCCCACCUGCACCACUGUCUAUCCAGCUAGUGGGAGCAGCAUUGACUGGGCAUAUGAUAAUGGCAUCAAAUAUGCAUUCACUUUUGAGUUGAGAGAUACUGGGCACUAUGGCUUCCUCCUGCCAGCCAACCAGAUCAUCCCCACUGCAGAGGAGACCUGGCUGGGGCUGAAGACCAUCAUGGAGCAUGUGCGGGACAACCUCUACUAGAUGAGGAGCGCAGCUCUAUCUACAUUUGUCUAUCCCUGUGUACACCCACACACACACUAGAGCCACUGUCAAAGGGAGCUUGUUCCUUCACAAGUGAGUGAAGCCUCUGGCUUUGAAGAGAAUGCUGGUCAGCUUCUCUCCAGCCCUAUUCCUUGAAGUUGGUGCGUCCUGAUGGUGCACUGGGAGGAGCUCUCCUGUCGUCCUCUUGUAUUUUGGUUCUGCCUGUUUUGUUGAUCCCUUUGUGUAUGUCUUUCAUUCCAUAUAGCUAGUUGGGCAGGCCACACUUAGGGUGGCACAUUUCUACCUCAGUUUUGGAACAAAAGGACUUCUGAAAUGAUUCUCUAGUCCAUCCAGUUUAGCCACACGUGUGACCUUACUCUAAUGGGGGCCCCAAGACAAGUGCUGUGGGAGAUAAUGCCUUUCUUUUUUAGAUCAGUUUCAAAGAUGACACAGAACUUCCUUUA